AUGUUCUUCAAGUUGGAAUAUUUUACUUUGAUAUUUAUCGGGCUCAAUGCCUAUGCAUUUCCGUUAGCGGAGCCAGAUGAUGUGCACAUCACGGAACGGGGUGCUGGAUUGAAUAGCUUUCUGAGCAUUCUCCUCGGUCAUCUCCCCGCUAUAAACACAUCUAUAACAGAUGCAAGUCAACUCAUUACCAGCUUUGACACCCUUCUCGGUGCCUUAACUGGAGCCCAAGAGACAUACAAUGAGCUAGGGGGAACAUGCACGGAAUGGACUGUGAUAUUUGCUCGUGGUACAGCUGAGCCGGGCAAUGUCGGAGUUUUGGUUGGCCCGCCAUUAUUCGAUGCUCUGGAUGACAAAUUCGGUUCUUCUACCCUUACCAUCCAAGGUGUCAAUGACUAUUCGGCGUCGGUCCAAGGCUACCUGGCAGGAGGGGAUCCAAAUGGAGUCACAGAGAUGGCACGACAAAUCAAGGCGGCGAAGACCCAAUGCCCUCAUACAAAACUGAUCGCGUCGGGAUACUCCCAGGGAUGUCAAAUCGUUCACGAAGCAAUCGCACAGCUUGAUGCUUCUACCGCCAGCUGGAUAUCCAGUGUUCUUCUCUUUGGAGAUCCACUGAAAGGACAGGCCCUAAACAGUAUUCCCCAAUCGAGAGUCUUUACUGCAUGCCACGCUCUUGAUGACAUUUGCAAGAAUGGCAUUCUUAUUGGUCCUUCUCAUCUCACCUAUGCCGUCGACGUUGUGAAUGCCGUCAAUUUUGCUGCGGCUGUUUAG